UGCUCAUUUGAAAACGUGCGCUGGACGCGUGCAGUUCUCGUUCGACCAGUUUCCUUUGGAAUAGCCGUGAAUUUGAAAUCAGUUCGAUUCAAUCAGAUCGGUGCCUCGAUUCCUCGCGACUUUCCUCCUGCCAAAAUGCAUCCUGCCUCGCCGCACCAGCAUCGCGCCCGCUUGAACGUCGGAUCGCCGGGAUCGGGUGGAAUACAGGCCUCCUCCUCGACGGAGACCUUCCCGCUCACCCCGCAGCACGCGGUCCACAUACCACCACCCACAUCACUGCCCUAUCAGGGACUCAAAACCUCUGAAAAUGAUGACAUGGGCUGCGUGGAGAUACUGGCCACGGUGGUGUCCGUGCUGAUCAUGGUGCUCACCUUUCCCAUUUCGGUGUUCAUCUGCUUCAAGGUGGUGUCCGAAUAUGAGCGGGCGGUGAUCUUUCGGAUGGGCCGCCUGCGCAGCGGUGGAGCCCGCGGUCCCGGUGUUUUCUUCGUGCUGCCCUGCGUGGACGACUACUAUCCGGUGGACCUGCGCACCGUUUCCUUCGAUGUGCCGCCGCAGGAGGUACUCUCCAAGGACUCGGUCACGGUCACCGUGGACGCAGUGGUCUACUACCGCAUCAGUGAUCCCCUAAAGGCGGUCAUCCAGGUGUACAACUACAGCCACUCGACCAGUCUCCUGGCGGCCACCACGCUCCGCAAUGUACUCGGCACCAGGAAUCUCUCCGAGCUGUUGACCGAACGGGAGACCAUCUCGCACACCAUGCAGAUGUCCCUGGACGAGGCCACCGAUCCCUGGGGCGUUAAGGUGGAGCGUGUGGAAAUCAAGGACGUCUCGUUGCCAACUGCCCUCCAGCGGGCGAUGGCCGCUGAGGCGGAGGCGGCGAGGGAGGCGCGAGCGAAGGUGAUUGCCGCUGAGGGAGAGAUGAAGUCGUCCAGAGCCCUGCGCGAAGCCUCCGAGAUCAUCUCCGCCAGUCCGUCCGCCCUGCAGCUGCGAUACCUGCAAACCCUGAGCAGCAUUUCCACCGAGAAGAACUCGACCAUCAUCUUUCCGCUGCCCAUGGAGCUGCUCACGCCCUUCCUGAACACCCAGGCCUACUCGCAACAACAGCAACUGCAGCACCAGCAACAUCAGCAGCAGCAACACCAGCAGCAGCAACACCAGCAACAUCCUCCUGCUCCUGCCACACCGCUCCAUCGGCACCAGCACCAGCACCACCAGUGACGCUCGAUGUCGGUGCUGCAGCCA